GUGAUUUUUGCAGAAAACAAACAAACAAAAAAAACUGGCCUUAUUUAUGCCUGGAAUACAACUCCCGGAAGGUAUUUCAGGGAAUAUCCACAGAACCAUUACCGAACACUCCAAGGAGCUGCAGCCCCUCAUGGCUGACACCGUUCUACCAACAGCAGCACAGAAGACGUCACAGCUACAGCAGAAUGAUCAGCAAAACUCCCAAGCCAAGUCUAUUGACUCAAAGAAGAUCAAAGUCAAAUUCAUGCGAUUUGUAUCUUACUUCUCUGGAGACAUGGCUCCUUUUGGGGAGUGGAUGAAAAGACAAUGUAUAGUGCUUCAGAUUUUUGACUGGGUGUUGAGAGGUGCAGCACAGGUCAUGUUCGUAAACAACCCCUUGAGUGGACUGAUCAUCUUCGCUGGACUGAUCCUCCAGAACAGAUGGUGGGCUCUCAAUGGUUUUGUCGGCACUUUGUUUGCCACAAUCUCAGCCCUUAUUCUCAAACAAAAUAGAGGGGCAAUCGCAGCAGGCCUGUAUGGAUACAAUGGAAUCCUGGUUGGUCUUCUAAUGGCAGUCUUCUCCAAUGCAGGUGAUUGGUACUGGUGGCUUCUGCUGCCCAACAUCUUUCUGUCAAUGGCAUGCCCAAUUGUGUCCAGUGCCCUAGCCUCUAUCAACAGUCGUUGGGAUCUGCCAGUCUUUACACUACCCUUUAACAUUCUGGUGUGUCUUCACAUUGUAGCUACAGGCCACUAUAAUCUCUACUUCCCUCAGGUCCUGAUCCAGCCAAUCACCUCCUUCCCUAAUAUCACAUGGUCUGAGCUGGAUUGUGCUUUGCUCUUCCGCUCCAUUCCUGUGGGCAUUGGGCAGGUUUAUGGCUGUGAUAAUCCUUGGACAGGAGGCAUAUUCAUUGUGGCCCUGUUUAUUUCUUCACCAAUAACUUGUGUGCAUGCAGUUAUUGGAUCAGCUAUUGGGAUGGUGUCAGGUCUCGCGCUUGCGGCUCCAUUUCAGAACAUCUACUUUGGAUUGUGGGGAUACAACUGUGUCCUGGCUUGCAUUGCAGUUGGUGGAAUGUUCUACGCUCUCACAUGGCAGGUUCAUCUCCUGGCUAUAGCCUGUGCAUUCUUCUGUGCUUAUCUUGGUGCAGCAAUUGGCAAUGUGAUGGCUACUUUUGGGCUUCCCGCAUGCACUUGGCCCUUCUGUCUGUCCGCUCUCACGUUCCUCCUGAUCACAACAGAGACAAAGACAAUCUACAAGCUGCCGCUUGCCAAAGUGACCUACCCUGAGAAAAAUCUCAUGUUCUACAGGAAGAUAAAGAAGGAGGAGAAAGCAGAAAAAGUAAAAAAAAUAAACAAUGAGUUACAGAUAACGAAAGAUUCGCAAAUUUCCACAGAAGAUGUGGAAGUAAAGAUUAUGGUGGAGAGUCAUGGCACGGCACAGGAAAUCUGAACUGAGGACAGGAUUUGUAUGCCUGUAUUUGUAUUCCAUUUAAAUAGCUUUUUCCUAUUGCAACUUUUAUUGUAUUUAAAUCGCUUAUUGCAUGGUUACAUUUAUUGUUUACAUUUAUAAGGUAUUAAACAUAAUUAUGAUUAA